GCGAAACAAGUGAUACAAAUACGCCUGACCUUGAUUAGUACUGUCUGACAUACAUACAGCUGCAGACUUCACCAUGCACCCCUCACCAGAGGCAAACAAAUGUGAACAGGGAUGUGCAGCCGGGUGAUCACUAACGGGCAUAUUCCAGGACGUCGUCCGCCGCCCGCCACUUCGCAGUUUCUGGAAAUGUGUUGUGCAGUCUUCAACCCACCACAGAAACUCUGGCAGAAUGGCUCGCAACUCUACCAUCGAUGAGGUCACAUUUGUGACCAUUCUCUGGGUCUGUCUGACCAUCAGCUUCUUCUUCGUCAUCGUCCGGCUUGCCCUCCAAUACCGCAUUGACCGCAAGUGGCACACAAGUGACUUUAUGAUCCUGGUGGCAUGGCUGUUAUCGCUGGGCAAUGCAAUCGCUUGGUCCUCCAUGUACAAGCAGAUGUACCAAGUGAUUUCUCUCUCCAAAAGCUCGACUACUAUUGAUUUCUCGAAAGUGCCACCUAAUAUCGCGUGGAUGCAAAAGCGGUACCUCAACGGACAGCUCUCUGCCUACCUGCUUUCCUUCACCGGUUUAUGGCUGAUCAAGCUAUCGUUCGUGUUUUUCUUCCGGCAACUGGGAAAUCGAUAUCGUACACAGAAGAUCCUCUGGUGGGUAGUGUUGGUACUCGUCAUUGCCUGCUAUGGGGGAACACUGGGCUGCCUGGACUAUAAGUGUGAGAUGAGUUCCCUAGAGUAUAGUAUCGAGGUUUGUGCAAGUGCUGGUGCGAUGCACUCCCAAAAGGUGAGGCUGAGUGUGGCUACGACUUUGGACAUUGUAUCGGACGCAGCCAUCAUUGUUCUGUCCGGUAACGUGAUGUGGAGGGCUCGAGUGAACCUGACCAGAAAGCUUGCCUUGAUUGGAGUUAGCUUCUUGACAGCCUUUAUCAUCAUUAUCGCGUUAUUACGGCUAUUUCUCAGCGAGUCAGAUAUGAGCAUCAUAGACCCGAUCUGGCUAGGCUUCUGGAAUGCGCUUGAAAUCUGUGUCGGUGAGUUGACCCCAAUAACGCAACGGCUGGUGUGGAAUUAUCUCAUUGUGUCACUAGCCAUUCUGGUUGCUUGCCUGGCCUCUUUCUGGACCUUUUAUACAAAGUCAAAGAGAUCGCCAUCACCAAGCGAUAUCUAUAGACGUGAUUCCCCUCCGGCCAGAAAUUACGCAUCCUUCGAGGCGCCAAUCUUACUGGGUAGUGAUAUGAGUGAAAGAGACAAAAAUCCGCAAUCUGCGGUAUCCAUCCAAAGUCUGAAUUCGAGACAGCCCCCGGAUACAUACCAUGCGACUCAGGUCUGAGAGACAGGAUCGUUAACUAUGUGCAAUUUCCGUUCUGUCGGAGUGUUUGUAUAGGGUUUUGCAUAGUCAGUAGGUGUAGCAGUAGUA